AUGUCGUCCGACGAAAUUGUCUGGCAGGUUAUCAACCAGCAAUUCUGCGCCUACAAGCUCAAAACUACUAAGAACCAAAACUUCUGCCGAAAUGAAUACAACGUCAGCGGACUUUGCAACCGGCAAUCGUGCCCGCUUGCCAACUCGCGGUACGCCACGAUCCGGUCGGACCCCGAAACAGGCGCGAUGUACCUGUACAUGAAGACGGUGGAACGGGCGCACAUGCCCAGCAAAUGGUGGGAGCGGAUACGAUUGUCGUCGAACUAUGCGAAGGCGCUGGAGCAGUUGGACGAGCGGCUGAUCUACUGGCCGAAGUUUCUGGUGCAUAAGUGCAAGCAGCGUCUGACGCGGUUGACGCAGGUUGCGAUUCGGAUGAAGAAGUUGGCUAAGGAGGACGAGAGGCUUGGGGAGAAGGUGGUGACGAAGUUGGCGCCGAAGAUUCGGCGGAGAGAGGAGGCGAGGGAACGCAAGGCAGAGAGUGCGGCGAAGAUUGAGAGGGCGAUUGAGAGGGAGCUGAUUGAGCGGUUGAGGAGUGGUGCUUAUGGAGAUCGGCCGCUCAAUGUUGAGGAGGGAAUUUGGAAGAAGGUGUUGCGUGGGUUGGAGAGGAGUGGAGAGGGUGAGAGGGAUGAGGAUCUCGAUGAUGGGGAAGAGAUUGAGUUUGAGGAUGAGGAAGAGGAGGAGGGAGUUGGCCAGGUUGAGUAUGUUAGUGAUAUUGAUGAGGAUGAGGAGGAUUUGGAGGAUAUUGAGGAUUGGAUUGGUGAGGGGUCUGGAGACUCCAGUGACGAUUAUGAUGAUGAGAGCGAUGAGGAAGAGGACAGUGAUGAGGAUGAUGAGGAUGACAGCCAUCACUCUGAUGAGGAGGCUAAGAAGCCUGCGCCUGGAUUCAAGCGGAAGCGUCCUGCUCCUCAGAUCAAGCCGAGGAAGAAGGGUCCCCGUGUUGAGAUCGAGUACGAGACCGAGGGUGCUGGUAAGGAGAGCAUCAUGGCUUGA